AUGCUCCCAGAUGAAAAAUCAGGUUCAUUGUGUUCUUGGGAUGCUCGUAAUUCUGAUCGGGAACGUUUGUUAGCUUUGGGACACACUGCAGAAACACGGGCAUUUGUCCAUUCACCAACUAUGCCAAUUUUUGUUACGGGUUCAGACGAUCACAGAGUUCGUUUCUGGUUUAGAAAACAAGAAUGGAAGUAAAAAAGUACACAUAAUAGAAUUAAAU